AUGACUUCAGAAAACUUUAUGCAGACAGCCAUUCCUCGUUUUGAUGGUCACUAUAACCAUUGGAGCAUGUUUAUGGAGAAUUUUCCAAGAUCAAAGGAUUAUUGGCAAGUGGUUAUGGAUGGCAUACCGGAAUCAGCUGAAGGCACAACAGUGUCAAAGCACAGGCAGCAAUAUUUGUCUAAGUUGCGUGGAGAGGAAUCCAAUUUUGACGAACAAGAGGAAGAAGAGAUAUCCUUGUUGAUGGUUUGCUACAUGAUGAAGGAAACAAGUAAGAAUUUAUGGUAUCUCAACUCUGGAUGUAGCAAUCAUAUGAGUAGAGAUAAGUCAGUUUUCUCCACCUUAGAUGAAUCUUUUCGAGAUAGCGUGAAGUUUGGGAACAACACUAAAUUUUCAGUCAUGGGAAAAGGGCAGGUUGUAAUUCAGACCAAUAGAGAUUUCACCCAUACAAUUGCUGAUGUUCUCUUUGUUCCAGAUUUGAGGACUAAUCAUCUGAGCUUUGGUCAAUUGCAAGAGAAAGGUUAUGAAAUAUCUAUAAAAGAUGGAGUUUUUAGAAUUUUUUAUACCAACUUGGAUUAA